GCAUGCACACUCCCCCAUGGAGGCAUACUAUAUAAGCUAAACUCCAAGGAAUCAGCAGAAUUGUUCAACACACCCACAAACCACAGCAACUUUCUGGAGAGGUUCAGCACCAACAUCACCAUAAAGGACAGAUUGUUCCUUGUUCUAAUGGAAAACGUACCACUAGCAUUCAUCCUGGAAUCAACCACAGCCAUUGCAGGUUGA